CUCAAGGCUCAGUUCGGCUCAAAGUAGCGCAACCCCGUCUCGACACCUGGAGGUAAGAUGACCUCUCUGGAGGAAUGGGCGCAGCAGGAGAGCCUUCAGGCGCUCUUCAACAAGUUCGACUCCAACUGUGAUGGCACACUCAGCACAGACGAGCUGCGGCGCGCACUCUGCGGGGUGGGCUUGAAGAACGCCGAUGUGAACAAGAUCUACAAGAUCAUGGACACCAACAGCGAUGACCGCGUCUCCUACACCGAGUUCAUCCGUUGGCUUUUUCACGGUGGACAGGAGGCGACGGUCAUCACCAAGAAGGUGCUCGGAGGCCCCUCCACUCCCGCGGAGGCCAUGAGCGAGUUCAUGGAGUUCAUCCAGGAGCUCAAGGAUGAGCCGCCGGCGGAGGGUGAGAAGCCAACAAAGCUGAGAGAUAUCUUCCAGAAGUUGGACCAAAAUGGCAGCGGCAAGAUCUCCUUCACCGAGUUCAAGUCGAGCUGCAACUCCUUGGGCUACGAUGUCGACGAUGACAUGCUGAAGGAGAUCUUCGACGUGAUCGAUGCGCAGAAGUCCAAGAAGAAAAAGAAGAGACGCUUGACGGAGGAGGAGCAGCAGGAGCUGAUCACAGAGGCGAGGUCGAGGCAAGCGGACGAUCCCAGCGUUGAGAUCCCCGAGUUCAUCGAUGGCUUCCCGCGAGGAGACAUCUCCUGCUGGCUGAGCCACGAGAAGGUGUACUACUGCGGCACCAAAGAGAAGUACGUGAAGGAGCGGCGCCUCAUCUACGAUCCCAAUGCUGCCUCCACGAGAGAUCAUCAAAUCACCUUCGCCGAGUUCAAGAAGGCCUUCAACGCCGUGAUCACACCGUGAUCGCAGGCCUCACGCCUCUGAACCUGAGCUGGACGCUCAGGAUCCCGACAGGAUCCGGAGAAAAGCUCUUGAACAAGUUCUCAGGCUAUACCCAGCUGGUUUGGAUUCGUGAGUUUUUUGCACCCCUGCGUGCCUGUAGAGAGUGACCACCAAAGCAGGAAGCUGACGUCUUGGAACAAAGGGGUAACUGCAAGAACUGG